CAGCAAAGCAAAGCUAGGAUCAACAAGGAGAGAGUCGGGGAGGGAUUACUACUUCACUGUGCUUAUCUGCAUGUGAUAUGGUGCCGAGCAGAAGUGUGAAAAGCUGUUUUUCUGUCGGCCACAUGAAGGCCGCCGUCUGCCCGAGCUCACGUUAGCAGUGUGAGGUUAGCUCCCGCUGCUAGCUAACCAGCUCACUGCUGCUGGAGACUUCACACAAGUUGUCAACAGCCGAUCGAUCCUGGACGGGACUCGCGACUGCUCUCGCUACAUGCUCAUUUCAACUCUCUCUCGUAUCGUAAAUAUCUCCUGAACCAGCAGCAGUACUGGGAGAGUGUAACUAUGAUGGCAACGUGACAGGAGGGGAGCCGCUGAGACAGCUACAACUGCAACCAUGGAAGGUACUGAACAGCACGACAGGGUUAACGGUCACAGAAAGCCCAAAUCCCCCCAGGACUCGGCUGAUGUCAGGUGUACUCCACCUGAGGAAGAGUUUGGAGGUUCAGACAGCUGUGGGGGGACAAGUGUGUCAGAACUGACAGACCUGCAAGAGCUAAAGGCCAAGGAAAGUGAGGAUGAAAAGAAGAAGGAGGUAGUUUCUCCCUCCAAAAGCUUGAAAGGGGACCAGAAGAAAAAAGAGAAAGGGAGUCCGGAUCAGGAGGAAAACAAUCACAGCAAGAAAAACAGGAGUGCAGCUUCCACCUACACAGAUCUGUCUCAUACCUCGUCGCCCUCGCUGUCAGAACAGCUGCGUCUUGGCCAAGAAGACAGCACAGGGUCUGGGAUCAGCGUGGAGUGUAAGGUCUGCGGGGACAAGGCCUCUGGCUUUCACUACGGUGUGCAUGCCUGUGAGGGUUGCAAGGGCUUUUUCCGGCGAACCGUGCGGAUGAAACUGGAAUAUGAUCGCUGUGAGCGUUCCUGCAAGAUUCAGAAGAAGAAUCGUAACAAGUGCCAAUAUUGUCGAUUCCAGAAGUGCCUGUCUUUGGGAAUGUCGCAUGACGCGAUCCGAUAUGGACGUAUGCCUGAGGCGGAGAGGAAAAAGCUGGUGGCAGGCCUGCUCGCUGAAGAAGUGAACCUCAGCAAACCAGGCGGCUCAGACCUGAAGACCUUGGCCAAACAAGUCAACACAGCCUACCAGAAGAACCUCAUUAUGACCAAGAAGAGGGCCCGCAGCAUCCUGUCCGGCAAAACCAGCAGCACCUCGCCGUUUGUGAUCUACGAUAUGGACACACUCUGGAAGGCAGAAAGUGGUUUGGUAUGGAGCCAGCUAGUUCCAGGUGCGCCCCUUACCAAGGAGAUCGGGGUCCAUGUGUUCUACCGCUGCCAAUGCACCACCGUUGAGACCGUGCGAGAGCUCACUGAGUUUGCCAAGAGCAUUCCAGGGUUUGUGGACCUCUACCUUAAUGACCAGGUGACUUUGCUGAAGUACGGUGUGCAUGAGGCUAUUUUUGCCAUGCUGCCCUCUCUCAUGAACAAAGAUGGACUGUUGGUGGCCAACGGUAAAGGCUUUGUGACCAGGGAGUUCCUGCGCAGCUUAAGAAAGCCCUUCAGUGAGAUCAUGGAGCCCAAGUUUGAGUUUGCUGUCAAGUUUAAUGCUCUGGAGCUGGAUGACAGUGACCUGGCCCUGUUUGUUGCUGCCAUUAUUCUCUGCGGAGAUCGUCCGGGACUAAUGAACGUGAAGCAGGUGGAGCAGAGUCAGGACAACAUCCUCCAGUCGCUGGACCUCCACCUACAAGCAAACCACUCUGACUCAGCCUACCUCUUCCCCAAGCUGCUGCAGAAGAUGGCCGACCUCCGUCAGCUAGUUACUGAGAACGUUCAGCUUGUCCAAAAGAUCAAAAAGACUGAGUCGGAGACUUCGCUCCACCCUCUACUACAGGAGAUCUACAAAGACAUGUAUUAGUAUAUCCAGGCACAGACUGCUUUUAGCAGUACUGUUACAGACUGAAUUUACAUUCAUGAUACUACACUGCAUUCAGUACAAGCACUGUUCCACGUACCGGCAUGGAUUUUAACCUGCAGAUGAGGCAAAGUGACGUGGCAGAGCUAACACAAUCAGCAAAGUCUUCUCAAUGUCAGCAUUACCCUCAGCACAGUUAUGUGGGUGUGUAUGUGUGCGUGUGUGUGUGUGUGUGUGUGUGUGUGUGUGUGUGUGUGUGUGAUGAGCAUCUGGAAUCAUUUGCUGAAAGUCCGAGUUUCCCACAACGGUCACUUAACAGAGAGAACGAUUUGUUUUCUCACCGAGGCUGCUCCUGUUACAUUCUAAAAGCAAAGCUGACCCCAGAGCAGUUUCUAGAGAGUUACUCCUCACUCCCCUCAGCUCUGCUUGUGAAGGGAAAGCGUUUCAGGUUCUCUUACACCGAUGGCAUGGUUGAAAUAGAAAAGGGCCGUUUAUAUUGUGCAAGAGUUUCCUAUGAUGCCAAUGUCUUGAUGGAGUGAUUGUUCUCAGACUUUUGGUAAAGCUGAAGAUGCACAAAUUGUUUUUUGUUUACAUCAUUAUCAUCAUCAUCAUCACCAUCAUGAAUGACUGCUACUUUGCCAUUUGGUUAAUAGAACACAAACUGGGCUGGCUCCAGCAGUGUAGAGCUCAAAGCAGCUGUCUGUGCAAUACUGCUUCAAUUUUUCAAUAAAUGUGGAGAUCCAAGUUAUAAAGGUUUUGUCCUAAAGCCAUCUACCCAUGUGGUAACUAAUGGACUAUGCUGCACAGAUUUUGUCUCUUAACUGACACUAUAAACACAUAACCCAUUGAAGUUCAAGGGACCGCAUGUUUUUUUUUCUUCUUUCUUUUUUGACAUGCAAAUGAUCAUGAAUUUGCCAUUUUAAGGUUUAGCAUUUUAAGGGUAGUCUAUGUAAUUAUGUUACUAAUUAUUUGUAUUUGUUAAUCAUAUUUGUAAGGGCAAAACAUGAAUUAUCACAUUGUUUUAUGUAUUAAGUACAAGUGUUUUUUCAUAUUACCUGCUUGCUUGUUUAGUUGAGGUUGUACCAAAUAUAUUUUCGAGCAUACCAACAAAUGUUCCUUGAUAAGGAAUUUGGAUUUCACACCUUAGCAGGAUUUAUCUAAAACCAACAUACUGUACCACAUUGUCAUUAUUGGGAAAAUUGAUGAUGAGAAAUCAGCAUCCAGCAUUUGGUAUCAUUAGAUGCUUCUGUAUUCACACACGAUAUUACCACAGUCCUAGAUUACUACCUGUUUUGUGUAAAGUCUGAUUUGUCUUGUUAGGAGAGCCACACAGUGUAACAGCCUUACAAUACUGUCGCCAAUAAUCAUAAGUUUCCAACUGUUUUUCUUCCCCUCCUAUUCUGUAGGACUUCUUUUCACUGUAUUUACUCUGAAUGGACUUCAGUAUGUCAGCACAGGUGCACACAGUCCACCUCCAGAAAUCCCCUCUUGUGCUCUUAAUCUGUCUUGAUCCCUAUCUACCUCCAAUGUAUGAUCUGUGACAUUAUUCCACUGUUUCAUCUGAUCUCUAACAUUUUGUUUAUUGUUGCCUUAAUUCCUGCUAUUGAUAGACAUUGCAAAUUUUUUAUUAUUGGCUGAUGUGCGGUGAUCGAAAAAAAGGGGUUUGGAUGGAUGACACGAGAAAAUACACCAAAAAGUUGAUGUAAGCUACCUCUAUGCCUGUCUUAAGUGAUUGGGAUUGACAUAUUUGUCCACAAAAAAAGACUUGAAAUAAUUUCGUCCUUAUAGUCACGUGUAAAAUAUCUGCAGAUCUAGUUUAGUUACGUCUCACAU